AGACGAUGGCAGACGCGACACGCCGACUGAGUCAGCUGUUGGGGCGUGCCCUUAAUUUCGUUCUGGGCGAGGUGAGGCCAGCAAUGGCUGCUGGUUCUCGGACUCUGGGCUCAUGGCCUCACCGCGCCCAGUGCCUUGGUUCCGGAUUCUUCCAUAACCUGCUCCCAGUACUGCCUCUGUGACGCCGGGAGUUGCUCCCUGAGAUUUGUUGCCGCCCUUCGCUGGACUUUCGCCCUGGGUGGAGCGGCCGGGCGGGUUUCGAAGCCUGCGUAUCCCUGACUCUUCACCCAGAGCCUCCGAGUCACUCUACUGGCUUUUCCCGUUUCCCCGCCCCGCUUUUAAGCCGUCCGGUUGCCCUUUCAACCAGCAUCGCUCCGGUCUGUGUGGUGUAAUUUAGUAGUGUUCCCCCAGCACCACAUUCUCUGGCGAUUUCCCUAAUUUAUCUCGAUACAGAUCACUUGGAUUCAGUCGAGUUUGCUUUGCUCCGUGGGAACUGCAUCAGAGCUGGAGGUUAGCAUCUUGCAAGGAGGUAGUAACAUAUCCAGUCGUGAAACUGGGAAAGACCAGAGCUCUUGCAUCAGGGAAACAUGUCCCGUCGGAAACAGACAAAUCCAAAUAAAGUUCACUGGGAUCAAGUAUUUGCUGGGCUAGAAGAGCAAGCCCGCCAGGCGAUGAUGAAAACUGAUUUUCCUGGAGACCUUGGCAGUCAGCGACAAGCUAUCCAACAACUAAGAGAUCAGGACUCCAGUAGCAGUGACAGUGAGGGUGAUGAAGAGGAGACCACACAAGAUGAAGUCUCUUCCCACACAUCAGAGGAAGAUGGAGGGGUGGUCAAAGUGGAGAAAGAGUUAGAAAAUACACAGCAGCCUGUUGGUGGGAACGAAGUGGUAGAGCACGAGGUCACAGGGAAUUUGAAUUCUGACCCCUUGCUUGAACUCUGCCAGUGUCCCCUCUGCCAGCUAGACUGCGGGAGCCGGGAGCAGUUGAUCGCUCAUGUGUACCAGCACACUGCAGCAGUGGUGAGCGCCAAGAGCUACAUGUGUCCUGUCUGUGGCCGGGCCCUUAGCUCCCCGGGGUCAUUGGGUCGCCACCUCUUAAUCCACUCGGAGGACCAGCGUUCUAACUGUGCUGUGUGUGGAGCCCGGUUCACCAGCCAUGCCACUUUUAACAGUGAGAAACUUCCUGAAGUACUCAAUAUGGAAUCCCUACCCACAGUCCACAAUGAAGGCCCCUCUAGUGCUGAGGGAAAGGACAUUGCCUUUAGUCCUCCAGUAUACCCUGCUGGAAUUCUGCUUGUGUGCAACAACUGUGCUGCCUACCGUAAACUGCUGGAAGCCCAGACUCCCAGUGUACGCAAGUGGGCCCUACGUCGACAGAAUGAGCCUUUGGAAGUACGACUGCAGCGGCUGGAACGAGAGCGCACGGCCAAGAAGAGCCGGCGGGACAAUGAGACCCCUGAGGAGCGGGAGGUGAGGCGCAUGAGGGACCGUGAAGCCAAGCGCUUGCAGCGCAUGCAGGAGACAGAUGAGCAGCGGGCACGCCGGCUGCAGCGGGAUCGGGAGGCCAUGAGGCUGAAGCGGGCCAACGAAACCCCAGAAAAGCGGCAGGCCCGGCUCAUCCGAGAGCGAGAGGCCAAGCGGCUCAAGAGGAGACUGGAGAAAAUGGACAUGAUGUUGCGAGCUCAGUUUGGCCAGGACCCUUCUGCCAUGGCAGCCUUAGCAGCUGAAAUGAACUUCUUCCAGCUGCCUGUAAGUGGAGUGGAGUUGGACAGCCAACUUCUGGGCAAGAUGGCCUUUGAAGAGCAGAACAGCAGCUCUCUGCACUGAACCACACCCUCCUGACUGCCCUCCUCCCCACCUACCCACCCACCCACCCACACUCACAGCCACGAGGACCAGUGCUGCUGCCACCCACGAGGCCCUGUCCUUGCUGCCAGAGGCAGGCCUGGGUUUGUUGCAGGUGGACCUGAACGGCCCUUGCAUGUGGGAGCAGGAUGACGGGGUCAGGAGGGACCUGGCCCAAGGCAGCUCUGGACAAGGGAGCAGGCAGUCCAGAGAACUGGCCUCCCCAGCCCACUGCCACAGGCCGUGCUUCUAGGACUGUGGGGCUCCUGUAUGGCCCAUGAAGUUGUGAGGUCAAAUAAAUUAAUUUUAUCUUUACUGCC